UUUUUCAUCCUCCCAGUUGUCUUCUCUGGGUUUAAAACAGCAGGCUGCCUCCCCUCCCCUCCCCUCCCUCCCUCAUCCAUCCCUCCCCCACUCCUCCCUCCCUUCCCCUUUCUCUCUCUGUCUGUAAUUAUGCCUAACCCAUUCUUAAACCACAGAGGAUCAAUUUAGGAAAGAAUCCCAGCAUUAACGCUGGUGUUCAUAUUCCUCUGUGUAGAUGAAUGGGGUUCAUGUUACCAGCUCUCCCAUUCACAACCAUGCUCUUCACAAACAUACCACUUCAAGACCAGCGUUACUACUGCUCCAGGAGCAGAUCUGUUCUUGACAAAUGGUUCUCAAAAGAAAAAAGACUGUGGUUAACACCAUCAGGCAAUGGCAGGAAAGCAUUGUGAGAGAUAAAAGAACAGAGAAAGAGGGGGGAGAACAGAGAAAAUAGGGGAGGGGUGAAGGUGCAAACAUGUAGAGGGGGAGAGAGAGAGGAGGGGAGAGUUAAGGGAAGAAGAGGGAGAGAGAAGGGUAUUGAUUUCUUGUGACCCCUUUGUUGACUAAGGUCAUGUAGGAACCAUUUUAGGCAUUUCUUUUAAAAACAGGCACAAGCACUCUCUAAAGACAUGGAGUCAGGGCAGUGUUAUUAGAAGAGAAGGGAAGCAGCACUAUAAUACACACUGAAUCAGCUUCACAACGCCAUGAUGAACACACACUCACACCACACACUCUUAAAACAACAAUCCCUCCCGCAAUGUUUGCUAGUCUUCUUCUUCUUCUUCUUUUGUAGCCUCGCUCUGUGUCGGCUGUCCUUAUGUCUUCCUGUAUCUUUUUUUACGAGCCCCAUUUGUGGUGACCAGUCUCCUGUAAGAAGUCUUUAAACAGGCUUCUUUGACAACCAACCAUCUGCUCACCCAAAUGUCUGUCUGUCCUCGCUUCGACAUCUGUCUGUAAUUGACCUGUCAGUUUAAUGUAGGCUAUAUCUGUCACUCUGUCGAGUUUUAUCCCUCCUCCUCCCUUAUUUUCUGUCCCUUUGUUUUUGGUGCUCUGUCUGUCUGUGGCUCUAACGUCUGUCUGUCCCUCUGUCUGUCCCUUCACAAGCCCAGCUCGUAGUGGAGGCCGACACCUUUGGUAGCCAGGUGAGAAUCCGUGGCAAAGAGACCAACUUCUACCUGUGCAUGAACCGCCGCGGCAAGCUGGUGGGAAAGGUGAGACCUCUUCUGUUUUCUCAUGUUCUCAAACAAUUACAGCAUCAUAGGCUUAUGGCAUGAAUCACAACAAUAUACCAAAAAAGUACUGUUUGGAAGCAUUCCUGAGCAUUCCCGAGCACUCCUUUUUUUGUUCAGAUUGAAUGAGUUCACAUGGAUUGCUGAUCUGUCUCUUCUUUCCUCCUGUCUCUCUGUGUGUGUGUAUUUGUGUCUCUGUUCUCUCAGAAGGCCAGUAAUAAAAGUGAAGACUGCGUGUUCGUGGAGAAGGUUCUGGAGAACCACUACACCGCGUUGAUGUCGGCACGUUACGCCGGCUGGUACGUUGGCUUCACCAAGCGGGGGCGCCCUCGCCGCGGCCCCCACACGCUGCCCAACCAGCAGGACGUCCACUUUAUGAAACGCUUCCCACCCGGGGAGUACCCUGAAACCACGCCCUUCCGCUUCACAACGGUCAACAAGAGGAGCAAGAGGGUCCGUGCCACCGGGACCCGCUAG